CUUAGAAAAUACUUGUUUCUAAUUGUUAGUCGACAGCUCAUAUAUUUCAGGAGACGCCGGCUUCUGUAUAAUUGCUGUUACAAAAAUAUAUACCUAACUUAUUAGGUAAAUUUCAUCAUGCAAUAUAAUUUUCAAGUUUACAGUACAAUAGUAUUACUUUUUUCUAUACAAUGUAAUGCAGCUGAUGACAAUAAUAUUAUUAAUAGAGUCACAGACGCAGGAAUACUAGAAGAUGCUACUCUAGAUACUUUUUCCCUCAUUAGAAAAUAUGGCUAUCCGUGUGAGAUUCAUCGCGUGUACACGGAGGACAAAUAUAUAUUGGAAAUGCAUAGAGUGCCCAAUGGCAGAGAUAACGUCACUCAUGGUCCACGGCCUGUGGUGUUCCUUCAACACGGGUUACUAUCGUCCUCCGCUGAAUGGGUUCUAAUGUUGCCUGGGAAAGGGUUUGCAUACAUUCUCGCAGAAGCCGGCUACGACGUAUGGAUGGGUAACGCUCGUGGUAACACGUACUCUCGCCACCAUGUCUCCUUAAAACCAACAUCUAAAUCCUUCUGGCAGUUUAGUUGGCACGAAAUUGGUUAUUAUGACCUUCCGGCCAUGAUCGACUACAUUAUCAAGGAAACUGGAGUCCCAAAGAUCCAUUAUAUAGGAUUUUCACAGGGAACCACCGCGUUUUGGGUCAUGACAUCGAUGAGACCUGAAUAUAAUGAUAAAAUUUUGGCGAUGCAAGCUUUAGCGCCCGUCGCUUAUGUCGGAAAUGUAAGGAGUCCUCUUAUAAAGGCUAUGGCUCCAUUUAUAAACUCUUUGGAGAGGUUAUUAAAAAUUUUUGGGACCAACGAAUUCCUGCCGAAUGGUAAAGUGAACGAAUUGGCUGGUCAAACAUAUUGUGUUGAAGAAGCCAUAACUCAAGUUAUUUGUACUAACCUAUUAUUCCUUCUGUGCGGUUUCAAUACUGAACAAUUGAAUUCAACUAUGUUGCCAGUUGUAUUAGGGCACACACCGGCUGGUGCGUCAACAAGACAAAUUAUCCAUUUCGGACAAAUGUACAACUCCAAGAAAUUUGUCCAGUUUGAUCAUGGAUGGUUUAGAAAUAAAAGGAUCUAUGGGACACACAAACCACCAGCUUACAACUUGAGCGCCAUUACGACGCCGAUUUUCCUUCACUAUGCUGAUAAUGACUGGCUAUCUACGCCUUCAGACGUAGAUCAAUUACUUAAUAAGAUAAAUACCAUAGUUGGCAAAUACAGAGUACAAUUAUCAAAAUUCAAUCAUUUGGAUUUUGUUUUCGCAAUCGAUGCAAAGGAACUCAUUUAUAACCGUUUAUUGAAUAUAAUGGCACAAUUUAAUUACAACUAAAAUAAAUAAAACUAAAUAUAAUAAACAUUGAUAUAUUUCUAUUAUAUAUUAUAUUUAAAUAUCAGCUUUGUCACUAUGAUUAUUUGCCGAUACCUAAAAUAUA